AUGGACGAGAGCAAGCUGGAGAGACUGCGGCCAGUUGGCUGCCUGGAGAAAUACUCGACUGCUCGCAAUCCGCCCCGGUUCUACACCAACGUCGCGGUGACGGCGAGCUAUGUGCUGCCGUCGAGCUGCGCGCUGCCGGUCAGAGACUGCGUCUACGGCGCCCUCGAGACGCUGAUAGAAGAGCAUCCGGCGCUCUCAGCCAUCCCGCUGGGCGAGGACUCGCUCGAUCCCUACUUUGUGCGGCUGCCCGAGGUCGACCUGGACCGCUGCGUCUCGUUCAGAGAGCGGGAGCGGGAGAAGAAAGUGGCUGCUGGGGACGGCGAGAGAGAUACAGAGCUGGACGAGCUGCUGAACGAGCAGCACAAUAUACCCUUUGCAGCUCCCUGGCCGUACUGGAGACUGUGCAUCCUGACCGAUCCGCAGGAGGGACGGCGGUUCACUGCUGCCUACGUCUGGCAUCAUGCCAUCGGGGACGGGACGUCUGGAAAGGCCUUCCACGGGACACUCCUGGCAGCUCUGGGGGCUAUCUGCGCCAGAUCCAGCUACAGCGCCCUUCCUGCUGGCUCGACGGCUGUGAAGAGCGUGGUGGUGUCUCCCAGGACGCCGCUGCUGCCGUCUCUCGAGGAAAGCUGCCCGAUGCCGCUGUCCUUCUUCUACAUCCUCUGGUCCCUUUUCCGUGCCAAAGUGUGGAAGCCAGCGCGAGAUCCGGGCCUCUGGACGGGAUCCAAGACGUUCACUCCCCUGCACAACACCGUCCGCCAUCUCGUCGUGUGCGAGCGGGAGACGACGGCUUUUCGAGAUGCCUGCCGGGAGAACAGGACGACCGUCACGGCUGGGCUGCAGGUGUUGCUUGCCCGGGCCCUGUUCAAGCACAUCCCGGAGCAGUACACCCGGCUGGCCAGCGAGGGGGCCAUCUCUGCCCGGCGCUGGCUGACCGACGGCCGCAUCACAGAGGACUCGAUCGGCGUCUGGGUUGGCGUCUACUACGAAGACUACAGCAGGGCCAGCCUGUACAACGACGGCGACGCAUUCGCAUUCCCCUGGGACGAGGCUAGACGGGCAAAGCAGACGAUCGACACAGCGCUCAGCCGCCGGGGCAGCAACAGUCCCGUCGGCCUGCUCAAGUACGUCAGGGACUAUGUCAGGGAGAUCUUCCUGCCCAAGCUCGGCCAGGAGCGAGAGCUGAGCUUCGAAGUGUCCAACAUCGGCGUCUUCACAGAGACAGCAGACCCAGGAGAUCCAGCAGAGGCAGACGAAGAACCCCGGAUCGAGAGGAUGGUCUUUACGCAGAGCGCCAAUGUCUUUGGAUGCGCCAUCUCGACCUCUGUCGUCACCGGCGCCGACGGCUGUCUCGUCCUGGGCUUCUCCUGGCAACGGGGGGUCGUCGAGGACAGCCUGAUGGACGGCUUUGUAGCCUCAGUCAAGCAGGCCUUUGGCUCUUUCAAACAAUAG